CGCCGCCCACAGCCACCUCUGCCCCACCGACGCCGAUUCCCGCCCCGGCGCCGCUCGCCGCCCACAGCUUCCUGACACCGCGUCCCAGAGCCGCCAGCGCCGGGUGUGGACUCCCGCUGAUGGAUCCGAGCUGCCACGCCCUCGCCGCUCGAGCGCUGCCCCACCCCCAUCCGCCGCAUCUCCACCCUUCCCCCACCUUCUCCCCAUCUCCAAAUCGAGCAGCACCUCCACCUCCGGCAUCCCCUCCUCCUUUCGCCACCACCGCCACAUCGCCGGGGCCCCGCUCCCGCACCGAGCCGGCGCAGGUGCCUCCAUGGCGCGCCGCCCCCGACCCACACUGCUGGAUCCGGUGACCCCGGCCACGGACCCAUGGAUCCCGUGCCAGCAGGCCGGUCUUCUACUCCGGAUCCCGGCCAACCCGCGGUCCUCUCCGGCGACCUCCAAUCUGCACUCCACCUUGAAGGAGCGUGAGCCUGUGGCCCACGCUCGACCAGCGUUCCCCCGUCGACGACCCUGUGGCACCUCGGCGACCAAGUGUUUACCUGCGCUCGCCGUGGAUGCCCUCGGCCCCUGGUGCAUCCCUUCCCUCAUCUCUCAGGCCGUGUCCUGCAUUUCGAUUCGGUGUGCGCCGCUGUCCUCCGGCGGGCGCGCGUGCAGUGCACUUAGCGAUUUUUGCAGGAGAGGGGAGAAACAUAAAAAAAAAAAGGAACAAACUGCGCCCUAGUGACCAGUGCAGAUGUGCUCCUGAUGCACUUUGGCUGGUCGUGGUGGAGUGCCCUUUGCCCAAUGACCAUUGCCUGACAUGCAGUUCGCCGCUUCCACCAUGGUCCUCUCGUCAUGUGCAGUACAGAGCACAUGUGAAAACAUGCGGUUUACUCAGUCAUCUCGAUCAGUCCUCUUUCAGUCAGGAGUUCACUUGUUUGAGAUAAUUUUUGAUGUAGUUCAUUUGUCUUGUCUCUGCAAAUUUGAUCUCAUGUGUGGUAUGCCGGGCAUGAGGAGGGCGACAACGUGCAAAGAUGAUAUGCAGCGGCACACCAUGCAGCACGGUGCACGUGGACAUUCAGUUAAUUGCAGCGCAGUUCGGUGGUGCGGGCGGCAUUUUUUUCUUUCUUUUAUUUGUAUAGAAAAAAGUUUCAUCUCGUCAGGCACAAGUAGUCUAUUUUAUUUCGAAUAUGCAGUUUCAGUGGCAUGGUCUACUUUGCAAGUGCAGUACGCCGCUGGGGUGUGAUCUAGUGCAGCUCGACUAGUCCUCAAUUGUGUUUCGGCCGGUGAUAGUGUUGAUUUUGUAUCUAUGUGUAGCUGUAUAAAAAUAAUGAAUGGAUAUAUAUGUUUUGAAGCUCA